AUGAAGCAGCCACUGUUCUCGUCAACUUCCCGGAGCCGAAUCCCCCGGCGGGAAGGAAACUCCACUUCCUCCAGCUCGUCGAAGAUGACGACCAAGAAGAAGAAAGAAGGAAGAGAAGAACAGGGGAACAGCAGUGGCAAUAGUAAUAAUAGAAACCCAUUUCAAGAUCUCAGCAAUGGCGGCAGCUUCGUGGAUGUCAGUAGCAGCAUGGGUACGAUUAGUUCUUCUUCGGUUUCCUCCAUUGAAGCUCCUAGAUGCUGUCUCAGGUUCUUUCUCAAUCACUCCGCUGCUUCCACUUCAAAACCCCAGGUCAGUAAUAGAAACAAUCAUAGUAACAAUCACACACCGGUGAAAUUCAAUUCCAUACCCUGCAAAACCCCGAAUUCGGCCCCUAGUUCGAGACCCAGUAGGCGAAAUUCAGAGAAAGUUAAAGGGAUCGCUUCUGCAUACUUGUGCAAGCGGCAAUCUGGGAAGAACCCUAAACCUAAUUCCAGGGUUUCAAAGUUGGCAACUAUGGGGAAUCCUGUGAGCAAUUUGGAAAAUUCUGGAUCUGGAGAUAGAGGUUGUAGUGUGGAGGUACCGAAUUUGACUCCAUUGAGAAUGAUUGUAGCUGGGUCUAGUUUGAAUGUUACAAUGAGUAGAUGUGAGGAAGAGAGCAGCAACACGAAAACGCCUCCACUUCAUGCCUCGGUGUCUCCAGAGAUACAACAACCAUGUCAAUCGUCGGCGAUUUCGACUGCUGCCACCAACCGGACUACUGCUACUACGACACCAGUUUGUUAUGGUGCUGGGCAUCUUCUCUCAGGGGUUACCGACAAGAGAAAGUGUCGGCCUAGGGGUUUACUUGUAGUAGGGGAAGCUAAACCUGUUGAUAAGUUUGACAUUGAUGAUGAUCAUGAUGCCGAUGAUGUUAUAGUAGAUGGUAAUGAGAUCAAUCUUUCACCGUCGAAUUCUCCUGUCAAGGCUUCAAUGCAUUGGCUCCUGUCGCCCGUUAACAAGGAGAAUGAGUAUAGUUCUGGAAAUGGUGGAGCACAGAACACUGCUUCUGAUAUGGACAUAUCUCCUCUAGAAGAAGAUAGGUCUCCAUUCUCCAUGGACUUAUUGUGCAGUGUCAAUAUAGUACAAACCCCAGAAUCUGACUCUGGAGAGAAAGGCAAGAAAAACAAUCAUGGCUGGGGCUUCGAAUUGGAUUCAGUCGAUCAACAUUGGCCAGUUAGUUCAUCGUUCCGGUUCGAUUUGCCAACUACAACUCCCCAUUCUGUUGUUGAUCUCUCACGGUUUCAGAACCCUCUCGACAUCAGGGAAUCCCAGCUUUCCACUUCCACUUUCGAUGAUAUGUCGCAUUCUGAAGUCAGAAUCUCGUGGAGAGACGGGUUGGUGAGUCGGAUCUUUGAGAUGGACGAGCUGGAUUGCUGCUGCAAGUGUUUAUCCGACGAAGAAGAGGAUUUAGAGGAUGAACCUCAUCAAACUCACAAGAUCGAUCUCGAUAUAGAGGACAUUCGAACAUCGAAUGCAUCAAUUGAAUCUUCUGCUGAAGGGCAACAUCAUGUGUUAGAUGGGAAAGCUGAAGAUGGUCUUCUUCUUCCUGCUAAGGUCUCUUGUGAUCUGCCUGCAGAGUCUAUGAACAUAAGUACUGAUGGUGGUGCUCUAUUUCGAUCUGAUGACUCGGAUUGGACACAAUGUUACAAGAAUCAACUGUUCAAGGUGUAG